UUGCUGAAGGGUUUUUGCAGGGUUUGUGUUUCUCCUUCUCCACGAAAACUAAUAAAAAAUCUAUGAAACAGGUAAGGAAAAGAAGCAAAUUUUGAAGGAUAAGGAAAUGGAUUCUUCAAGAAAUGGAAGGGGCGUAAAUGAUGAAGAAGAGGCAAUACUUAAGGAGGAGAACCAGAGAUUUUGUAUGUUUCCCAUUAGAUAUAAGCCAAUUUGGGAGAUGUACAAGAAGGCUCAGGCCAGUUUUUGGACUGCUGAGGAGGUUGACCUUUCUCAAGAUGUGCAGCAUUGGAACACCCUCUCUGUUUCAGAGAAACACUUCAUCAGCCAUGUAUUAGCAUUCUUUGCUGCAUCGGAUGGGAUUGUUCUGGAGAACCUAGCAGCAAGAUUUCUAAACGAUAUUCAAAUUCCAGAGGCGCGUGCAUUCUAUGCAUUUCAAAUUGCAAUGGAAAAUAUUCAUUCUGAAAUGUACAGCUUGCUUUUGGAGACAUACAUCAAGGAUUCAAGGGAGAAACACAAGUUGUUCAAUGCUAUUGAAAAGAUACCUUGUGUGGCUAGGAAAGCAAAGUGGGCAUUGGAUUGGAUUAAUAGCGCCUCGUCGUUUGCAGAGAGACUUGUUGCUUUUUCUUGUGUUGAAGGAAUUUUUUUUUCAGGAAGCUUCUGUGCAAUUUUCUGGCUAAAAAAGAGAGGCUUGAUGCCUGGUUUGACAUUUUCAAAUGAGCUAAUAUCUAGAGAUGAAGGGUUGCAUUGUGACUUCGCUUGCCUUCUGUACAGCUUCUUGCAAAAGCAACUUCAGUGGGAAAAGGUUCAGCAAAUUGUCGAUGAAGCUGUGGAAAUUGAAAUUGAGUUUGUGUGUGAUGCCCUCCCAUGUGGAUUAAUCGGCAUGAAUUCGACACUCAUGAGCCAGUACAUUAAGUUUGUCGCUGACCGUUUACUGGUUGCCUUAGGGUAUCAGAGGAAGUACAAUGUUGAAAAUCCUUUUGAUUGGAUGGAAUUUAUAUCUUUGCAAGGGAAAGCAAAUUUCUUCGAGAGAAGGGUCGGAGAUUAUCAGAAGGCAUCUGUUAUGCCAAGCCUUCAGGAGGACGGGAAGAAUUACGUUUUCAAAUUGGAUGAAGACUUCUAGUCAAUCUAAGAUAACGUAACUCCAAGUAUCGCAUAUAUCUCAAAAGGUAGCAUCAAAUUUUGCUACUAAACUUUUGUGGUGCAUUCGCCUAUAACAACAUUCGUAAGCAAUCUCAAGCUCGCGUAAUAAUUCAUUACUGUCGAGCCAACCUUUAAGCCAGCAGUAUAUACAAGCAUUCUGGCUGCUGCUAUGUUAUAUCUGUUACUUCUAGGUUUAUAAGGCUUUAUAUAUAUAUAUAUA